ACGGAGACACUGGCGACAUGGUCUGCCGCCUCUCGCACCACAGUCGAGCAACGCUUUCGGAUGUGCAAGAUCCCUAUUUGGAGGUGCCAGAGGCGUCUACCUAUGAGCUGUCAUCCUGUUAUAAUGUGACCAUCGAGUGCGGCGCAGGAGACAUGGUCGCUCGCAUACGCACAUCUAAGCUCUUCGACGGCAAGGUCUAUGCCAAGGGCGCGCCCAAAUCUUGUGCCGUGGACGUGAGCGGUUCGUUGGACUUUGAGAUACGCAUGGGCUACCAGAAUCUCGAGUGCAAUGUGCGUCAAAGUGGCUCGGGUCGCUACAUGAACGAUGUGGUCAUUCAGCACCACGACACCAUAGUCACGUCUUCAGAUCUGGGCCUGGCAGUUACCUGCCAAUAUGAUCUGACCAACAAGUCGGUGACAAAUGAUGUUGACCUGGGCGUGAAGGGCGAUGUGGAGACAGCGCUCUCCGAGGAGGUUAUUGUCGAUUCGCCCAAUGUUCUGAUGAGAAUCACAUCCAGAGAUGGCUCCGACAUGAUGCGCUCCGCCGAGGUGGGCGAUCAGCUAGCACUCAACUUUGAAAUAGCCGACCCACAGAGCCCCUAUGAAAUAUUCGUACGUGAACUUGUGGCGAUGGAUGGCGCUGAUAACGCAGAGAUAACGCUUAUAGACUCACAAGGCUGCCCCACAGAUCACCUCAUCAUGGGGCCUAUCUACAAAAGUGCAUUGUCGGGCAAAAUUCUAUUUUCGAAUUUCGAUGCCUUCAAGUUCCCAUCGAGUGAUGUGGUACAGUUCCGUGCUUUGGUAACGCCCUGUAUGCCCAGCUGUGAGCCGGUGCAAUGCGACCAGGACGACAUUACGGCGGAGUUUAGGACACAAGUCUCUUAUGGACGCCGGCGGAGGCGCGAGACUUAUGCAGAAUCAAAUGUUGUGGGUCACCAGCAGCAUCUGUUGUGGCGCACAAGUCGCGAGGCUAAGGCUGGCAUGGUCAAGAACAAGCCCAGCCAGGAGGAUUUGCUUCUGGUGCAAUCGAUUCAGAUAACCGAUAAAUUUGGCUUCGCUAAGAAGCAGCAACAGGAGCAGCAGACAAAUAGGGCCAAGGACUACGAUAAUUAUGACAAUGUGCUCUUUGUCAACGACACAAUGCCUGGUUUAUGCUUUGAUGGCAUCGGUACGUAUAAGGGAAUACCGGAUCAAAGGUAUUUAUUGAUUUAUAUGUGUUUUGUUGCAGGCUUUAUUGUGGCUGCCACCGUGUUUUUUGUGGCCCAGUUCAUUGUUAUUGCCAUUUGGUCAUUUUUAUACCGUCAACGACAGGUUCACCAGCCAUAUGUUAAUCAUUUUCCGAAUGCGGCAACAAAAUACCGGGGCAAUAACUGCAACAAUAUCACAUUUGAUAAAUAAACUGAUAACCCACCCAGCGAGCGGACUCGAUAUACCCACUUUGGCAGCCGGGCCCCAGCCUGGGAGCCCGAACGAUGGUAGUAGUUAGUAUGUAAUUGGGGCCUUUUUAGAAUUGUGAGAAAUCUUGGAGUCGGUGCAACAACAUGAUGCAAUAUUUUAGAUAUGAAAACGUAGGAACGCGUAGCUUAAUUUAAGUGAACAAAUUAAAAUUAUAAACAAGUGAUAUUUCGAAAUUUAACAAUUUGCUUAGUGUCAAAUUUUGCAAAACAUUAAUAUAAAAGUAGUUAAUACUUAGUAGCAAUAACAAACGAUAUUAAUUUAUUAAUUUUGGAAAAAUAGAUGACUGUUUUCUAAUGCACUUGUCAAUUUUUCUGAUUUGUUUAAUAACUGUUUUAAUUAAAUUCGUAUAUAUAAGUUAAAUAAAAUUAAAUAAUUCCAUCAUUAAUAUUCAUACAAGAAGCUUGCAAUUCUACGAAAGAAAUAUUAUAAAAAUA